CUGAGAUAUUUAAACUGUUCUUAUCUGCCGAAAGGGAUUGAGAAGCUUUUUUCAAUAUUCUUUCCGGUGUAGCCUACGUUAGGUCAGAGGGUUCUGCAAACAGAACUUGCCAGACGUGCAUUAACGACCACUUGAAAACAUUGAUUGCGCACUGCUUAGUUUGUCGUCAUCGGUGUGUCAGUUUUAAUUCUGACCAGUAGGUGGGACUUGAUGCUCGGUGCACGGACUUCUCAUUUCCUCGUCUCUGUUCGUAAUGCUAUUGCUCCAAGUCUCAGAGCAGUGCGGAAACAACCUGGAGCUAAGCGGCUAACAGCAGCAGAAGACGCGGUAACCCGUACAAUGCAGUCUCGAGAGGAAGACAGACCGGGAGUAUUUAUUUUUCAGCCACUUUUGCUCUAACGGAGUAUUUUUUUUUCUUUAUCGAUAUUUUUUAUGGCCUCGAAUAUAUCGACACGCGACAGCAUUCGCAUUAAUUUGACAUACCUCCACACUCAUUAACACGCCCGCGCGCACAUACACACAAACAUCAUCACACCGUACAUACAGACACAUUGAAGACACACGACACACAUAAAUUUACAAUUAGAUACCAGUGGAUACUCAACUCUUUUCUGGCACCGGAGACCAUGGAUCUAUCCUUCUGUACACCCAAGAUUUGCUGGUGGAGGGUAUUGUUGCUCUUAAGCAUCUUUCAGGACUAUCUGAGCUCCAUGCUGGACUGCCCGCCAACCUGCAGCUGUUCCCCAACCGAGAUCUACUGCAAUAAGUCCGACAAUGGGAAAUUCUUCCCUUUGCUGGCGCUGCAAGACACCGGGACUAACGGAAAUAACAGCAACAACAUUCAAGACCUCUUCAAGAACAUCACAUCCAUACACAUAGAGAACUGGACGGGGUUACAGACGUUGAAAGACGUGGAUAUGGAGCUGUACACCGGACUGCAGAGGCUAACAAUCAUGAACUCCAACCUGCGGCAGAUCCAGGCGCGAGCUUUCUCCCAGAACCCACACCUGCGCUACAUAAACCUGUCCAAGAACCCACUGACGAUGCUGUCAUGGCAACUCUUCCAGAAUCUGCAGCUGUCUGAACUGCGGCUGGAUGACGUGGUGUUCGAGUGCGGCUGUGACGUGCGCUGGAUCCAGCUGUGGCAGCAGAGGAGAGUCGCCGGGCUCCACAGACAGCAGCUGCAGUGCUACAGCGGUGCCUCCCGCAUCCCGCUGCGCAGCAUGAACAUCUCCCUCUGCGACCUCCCGCGGAUCACCGUGACUCACCGGAACGUGACCGUGGUGGAGGGGGCCAACAUCACGGUCGCCUGCAACGGUUCGGGGUCGCCCCUCCCGGAGGUGGACUGGACCGUGGGGGGACUUCACUCCAUCAACACUCACCAGUCCAACGUGGACUGGCCCAGUGUGCACUCCAUCAACCUGACCCUGGUGAACAUGAGCCGGGAGGACAACGGCUUCGUCCUGACCUGCAUCGCCGAGAACGUGGUGGGCAUGAGCAACGCCUCCAUCCACCUGACCGUGCAGUUCCCUCCCACCAUUCUGAAGCUGGAAGAGCCGAAGAGGCGCCACGACACCUGCAUGGAGUUCACCGUUUGGGGGUACCCCGUCCCCACCCUGCGCUGGAUCUACAAGGGCAAAGAUCUCCCGCAGGGCGAGUUCGUCCGAGCCGAAAUGGACGUCUACCAGGACCUGAUAGAGGGCUGCCUGACCUUUGCCAACCCCACACACCACAACAACGGCAACUACACCCUGGUGGCCAGCAACUCCCUCGGCACCACCACUCGGAGCGUGUACGGGCACUUCCUGCACGCCCCCUUCGACGAAGACGAGUCACCCACUCCUCCUCUUAGCGGGACUCACCAGUCGGACGAGGACACGUUUGGGGUGUCCAUCGCAGUCGGACUUGCCGGAUUUGCUUGUGUGCUCCUCCUCGUCCUGUUUGUUCUCAUCAACAAAUAUGGCAGACGCUCCAAGUUCGGGAUGAAAGGUCCCGUAGCUGUGAUAAGUGGUGAGGAGGACUCGGCCAGCCCGCUGCACCACGUCAAUCACGGCAUCAUCAGCCCGUGCUCGCUGGACGCCGGCCCGGACGCCGUGGUCAUCGGCAUGACCCGCAUCCCCGUGGUGGAGAACCCGCAGUACUUCAGACAUGGGCACAACUGCAACAAACCUGCCACCUAUGUCCAGCACGUGAAGCGGAGAGACAUCGUGCUGAAGAGGGAGCUGGGCGAGGGGGCCUUUGGGAAGGUGUUCCUGGCAGAGUGCUACAACCUCAGCCCCACUAAGGACAAGAUGCUGGUGGUGGUCAAGACGCUGAAAGACCCCACGCUGGCGGCCAGGAAGGAUUUCCAGAGGGAGGCGGAGCUCCUCACCAACCUGCAGCACGAGCACAUCGUCAAGUUCUACGGCGUGUGCGUGGACGGAGACCCGCUCAUCAUGGUGUUCGAGUACAUGAAGCACGGGGACCUCAACAAGUUCCUCAGAGCUCACGGCCCUGACGCUAUGAUCCUGGUGGACGGGCAGCCCCUGCAGUCCAACGGGGAGCUGGGCCUGUCCCAAAUGCUUCACAUCGCCACUCAGAUCGCCUCCGGCAUGGUGUACCUGGCAACCCAGCACUUUGUGCACCGCGACCUGGCGACCCGCAACUGCCUGGUGGGCAACGGCCUGCUGGUGAAGAUCGGCGACUUCGGCAUGUCCAGAGACAUCUACAGCACCGACUACUACCGCGUGGGAGGGCAGACGAUGCUGCCCAUUCGCUGGAUGGCGCCGGAGAGCAUCAUGUACAGGAAGUUCAGCACGGAGAGCGACGUGUGGAGUUUCGGAGUCAUCCUCUGGGAGAUUUUCACCUAUGGGAAACAGCCGUGGUACCAGCUGGCCAAUAACGAGGUGAUCGAGUGCAUCAUGCAGGGCCGUGUGCUGGAGAGGCCCCGGAUCUGCCCCAAGGAGGUGUACGACAUCAUGCUGGGCUGCUGGCAGAGGGAGCCGCAGCAGCGGCUGAACAUCAAGGACAUCCAGAAGAUUCUGUACGCCAUGGGCAAGGCCACGCCCGUCUACCUGGACAUCCUGGGCUGAGCGCUCGCCAGGAGCGGAACGCCGGGCGACGAACCCGGAAAACCCCAGGAAGAGCCAAACGAGGCGCUCCACUGUCUCACUUUCAGGAUGGCGAUGGACACAAGUGCCUGCGACGCGUUUCCACACACGAGACAUCUUUAAAAAAAAAAUAAAUAAUACAAAUAAAAUAAAAACGACAAAAAAAAUAUCAAAAACAAAAAAAAAAAAGAGCACUUUUACAUUUUGUUUACCUACCCGUAAAGCGUUAUAUCGGACGAAGACGAGGAAAUACAUUUUCCUUUUCUUACAAAUGGCCUCCUAGAUGAAAAAAGAAAAAAAAAUGUUUAAAAAAGGAUUAAGAAACAACUCAAUUGUUUUUUGGUACCCAGACAGCUUGACAGAAGAUAACACUCCCUGGUGUUUCUUAUUUUAUAAAUAUAUUAUAUAUAUUUUUUAUUUAUUUUGUUUUUUCAAAGGUACGGAUAUCUGCCAUAUUUGUUGCUAAUGAUAAAUCACCUUUUAGAGACGACCAAUUGGCAGGGACUUCCUGAAGAAGGCCUUACCGCUUUCUGAUUGGCUGGAUCAUUAACGCUCUCAAAUGCUCCAGAAGACAUCCAAUGGGGUUUUACGGUUCUGAGAGAGGAAAAAAAAAAUCACCUUCGUGAAAUGAGAAACACUUAGGAGCCACCAAUCGAAAACAAACAACCUAAUUUAAUAAUCAAAUGUACAUAAUGUAAAUUUCUAUGUGUCAAUUAUGUUAACUUAUUUCUUAUUUUCCGUUUAGAUUAUUUUAGCUCUUUGGUGUGCCAUUCUGGUGAGUUCAACUUAAACUAUUUUGAGAAUCUUCUUUUUUUUUUUUUUGUAAUUUUGAGACACGAUCAUGAAAUGUACAAUUUAUUUUCUUUGUCAGUGAGGUCUUUUUUUUUCUGUACGUAAGUUCUGUAAUCAAAGUUAUGUAUUUGGAGACAGGGUUGACGCAGAGACCUAGCGAGUUGGGCGGCCUGAUGACAGAAGGCCGAAACGGUGGUGAAGAUAUAAGAAUAGCUUUCUUUGUUCUAUCCUCUAACCUGGGUUCAUUUUUACAGGUGAUGUUCUCAUCAGGACAUUCUCUCCUCCUGUUCCCCACAUAUGUGCGGAAACAGUUCAGUGUGUGCUAAGGUGAUGACGUUCUCCUUCCUGUUUUAAAGAGGCAUAUUUCAUUGAGAUCAUAUUUAUGUAUAUAUAGCAAUGGCACAUGACCAUGAUGUUUGUUUUUUGUUUUUUUUUAUAUGAUAUGAUUUAGAGCCAUUUUAAUUCAUUAGAGGUGGUGUAAUAAUGGAAUUAUUGUGUUUUUUCCUGUCUGUAAUCUGUCUCUGCCUGGUUUUUAUUGACACGGGAUGAAAAUGUAAUCUGCAGAUUAAUGCAGAUUAAUACAGUGAGGCAGCAGGUUUUUUGAAAGAGUGACAGUUCCUAGGUUCACCCAGUGCAGAUAAUUCUCAGCACAAAUCAAAAUCAGAUUUUUAUCUUUCACACAAACAAGUUUUAAUAUUGUACCUGCGACACUGGAUCUGUAGCUGCUGGUAGACGGCAUCUUAUGAUUUAUUGCAUUUGUUCUUGUGAAAUAUUAUGGCUUCAAGCAUUAAUACUGCAUGAAUUCAGUUUCACUAGGAAAACACAUUAUCCUUGAAACUGUC